GAGAGUCCAGCCGGGUGCAGCCGGCCAGCGGACCAGCCUCGCAUCCCUCGGAGCGGGCAGCGGCGCCAUGGCGUGCGCGGGACUGCUCGCCGUGUGCCUGCUCCGUCCGCCCGCGCCCGAGCCCCCACGGCCCCCCACCCUCCUACCCGCACCGGUCUCCGGGCCUGGCGGACACGCGCUCUUCCAGGACGUUUUCCGCAGGGCAGACAAGAAUGAUGAUGGUAAGCUGUCAUUUGAGGAGUUCCAGAAUUACUUUGCUGACGGGGUUCUGAGCCCUGGGGAGCUGCGGGAGCUGUUCAGCGGCAUUGAUGGGCAUCCCGCCGACAACUUAGAAACAGAGAAGCUAUGUGAGUACUUCUCCAAGCACCUGGGUGUCUACCGACCUGUGCUGGCUGCAUUAGAGUCUCUGAACCGUGCAGUGCUCACUGCCAUGGAUACCACCAAGCUGGAAUAUGAGCAAGCCUCCAAAGUGGACCAGUUUGUCACUCGCUUCCUGCUUCGGGAGACAGUGAGCCAGCUACAGGCCCUGCAGAGCUCGCUGGAGGGGGCGUCGGACACCCUGGAGGCCCAGGCCCGUGGCCUGCGGUUGGAUGAAGAGAAUGUGGAAGUUCAGCGCAGGCCCCAUGGUGGCCGGCGGACAGGACGCAGGUCCCUGAGGAGUGUCAUUCGGUCACCUAGCUGGUCUCCUGGCUGCUCUGACAUAGUUCAUCCUGAGAGGCUGCUCAGCUUCGGAGGUCAUUGGCUGAUGGCCUCUGGGCCUCCCACCCCAGGACAGAGCUCAGAGGCUGAGUUGCAGUGGCGGCUGCAGGUCAACCGUCUCCAGGAGCUCAUAGAUCAGCUUGAGUGCAAGGCUCCCCGGCUGGAACCCCUGCAUGAAGAGGACCUCACCAAGGGCCCUGACUUGCACAUCCUUGUGGCCCAGAGACAGGUGCAGGUGGCUGAGGAGGCCCUACAGGACUUCCGCCGGGCCCUGUGCUGCUACGUGGACGUCACAGGGGCCCACAGCCAGUGUCUGCAUGUGUCUGCCCAGAAGAUGGUAGAGCACGGCUCCUUUACCUUGUAUGAAUUCUGGCAGGAUGAGGCCUCCUGGAGAAGGCACCAGCAGUCGCCCUGCAGCAAGGCCUUCCAGCGCAUCCUCAUCGACCACCUGCGGGCCCCCGACACCCUCACCACCAUGUUCUUCCCAGCCUCCUGGUGGAUUAUGAAUAAUAACUGAGCCUGACCUGCUUAAACCAAGGACCCUGAGACCCUGCCUGUCUCCUUCUAGAGCCUUCUGCACGGGGUCAACUCGGCAUUGAGACCAAGGACCUUGUCUCCCUCCAUACCCGGGGCCAGGCCAGAGCCAGUGGAGGGGAGAGCCAGCCCAGGGGUCAGGAAGCGGGCACUUGCUUUCUGUUAGUGUAUUUAUCCAUGUGUUUUUAUUGUUUGUAGCUUCCGAGGUACCUGGACUUGCACCUGACUCAAGAGGCCUGGAUCUGGGCCUGCCUGCCCUUGCCUUGCUGUGUGCCGCAGGCAGGCCCCUUUCUUCUCUGGCAGCCUAGUAGAGCCCUGUCUCGGGGGCCAGGCUGCUCCCCAACCAGUGAGAGAAUCAGGGCUGAUGCUCAGGGACUUCCCCCUCCCCCAACCCCUUGAACCUCGACCCUUGAGACCGGACCAGAUCUAUCUACAAUGUGGGGUAAGGACCUGGGUGUCCCCAUCACUCUACCAAGCUGGUUCUAGACUCUUCCAGCAACCACGGCUGCACCAGAGACCUCUGGAGAAUCCUGGGUUGAUUUGCAUGUCAUUUGCAUACCAUUUGCACGCACACACCCCACUCAUUCUCCAAGCACUGUGGGAAGCCCUACGUUGACCUUGAAAAGUAGCAAUAAUUUGGGCCUAGAGUUGCCUGCUGCCCCUCAGAGCCCUGGAACCCCAGCCCCAGA